UCUGCCAUGCCAAGGGGUUGAGUUUAACCUUUGCUGAUAAGCUGUUAUCAGCCACCAGUUAGAAUAACAAACCCUCCCACCGUGCUGACUCGGAGCAGGAACUUCCCAAGGCUCCAGGCUCUGGGAAGGGUACAGAAUCAGCCUUAACCCAGGCAGAGCCAGCAGCCUGGGGACAAAGUUUGCUCCCUGAUGAAACCAGCCACACCUGCUACUUCCAGACUGUCUCUGCAGCCUUCCCUAGAGAAGAAUUCAGUGCUGGACUCUCCUAAGCAUUGCUGGUGGUGCAGCUGCAGGGCACAGCCUGGUUGGCCUGGCUGGAAGAGGAGGCACAUGUGCAGCGAGCCAGGAGGACAUGGGCUGUCGGUGCAGCUGGGAGCAUGAUCAGGUCCUGGCUCCGUGUGUCACCUCUGAACCGUGCCGUGCCAGCUCCCUAAGCACCAGCCCUGCCCAUCUCCUUGAUGCACACCCACGGCAUCAUGGCCAGCACUCAGGAGCACCCGGCCUUGUCUUCCUCGCCCAGCUCCAUCGGCAAACCCUGCUGUGAAGACAAGGACUUGAGCAGGUUCCACGAUGAGCAGGCAGCUGCCGGCAGCCAGCCGUGCCCCGAGCUCAUCGAGGAGGUGCGGGAGAGGGGCUCGCUGCAGGCGGUGCCCGCCGGCAGCCCGGAGCCGGCCGGCAGCCCGGAGCCCGCCGGCAGCCCGGUGACCGCGGCCGUGCUGAGCAGCAUCAGCGAGGACUGCCGGGAGCAGUUCGCCAACAGCGUGCUGCAGCUGCGGGAGCACGACGAGCCCGAGGCCGCCGGACCGCCCGGGCCCCGCGGCGCCGGCGAGGGCGACGGCGGCGGCGCGGAGGACGUGAAGGUGCAGUUCAACAGGGCGGGCGGCGGCGGCGGCUUCCUGGAGGGGCUGUUCGGCUGCCUGCGGCCCGUCUGGAACAUCAUCGGCAAGGCUUACUCCACCGACUACAAGCUGCAGCAGCAAGACACCUGGGAGGUGCCGUUCGAGGAGAUCUCAGAGCUGCAGUGGCUGGGCAGCGGGGCACAGGGAGCUGUCUUCCUGGGCAAGUUCCGGGCAGAGGAGGUGGCCAUCAAGAAAGUGAGAGACCAGAACGAGACAGACAUCAAGCACCUGCGGAAGCUCAAGCACCCCAACAUCAUUGCCUUCAAGGGAGUCUGCACUCAGGCCCCGUGCUACUGCAUCAUCAUGGAGUACUGCGCCCACGGGCAGCUCUACGAGGUGCUGCGCGCCGGCCGCAAGGUCACCCCCCGGCUGCUCGUGGACUGGUCCACAGGCAUUGCGAGUGGGAUGAAUUACCUGCACCUGCACAAGAUCAUCCAUCGGGACCUCAAGUCACCAAAUGUUCUAGUCACGCACACAGACGCAGUGAAAAUCUCGGAUUUUGGCACCUCCAAGGAGCUCAGCGACAAGAGCACCAAGAUGUCCUUCGCGGGGACUGUGGCCUGGAUGGCCCCGGAGGUGAUCCGCAACGAGCCUGUCUCCGAGAAGGUGGACAUCUGGUCGUUUGGGGUAGUUCUGUGGGAGCUGCUUACAGGAGAGAUUCCCUACAAGGAUGUGGACUCUUCAGCCAUCAUCUGGGGAGUGGGCAGUAACAGCCUGCACCUUCCUGUCCCUUCCACCUGCCCAGAUGGCUUCAAAAUCCUCAUGAAGCAGACCUGGCAGAGCAAGCCCCGGAACCGUCCCUCCUUCCGGCAGACGCUGAUGCACCUGGACAUCGCCUCGGCGGACGUGCUGGCUACCCCCCAGGAAACCUACUUCAAAUCCCAGGCUGAGUGGAGAGAAGAAGUGAAGAAACACUUUGAGAAGAUCAAGAGCGAAGGGACCUGCAUCCACCGGCUGGACGAGGAACUGAUUCGGCGUCGCAGGGAGGAGCUGAGACACGCGCUGGACAUCCGCGAGCACUACGAGAGGAAGCUGGAGAGAGCCAACAACCUCUACAUGGAGCUCAGUGCCAUCAUGCUGCAGCUGGAGGUCCGGGAGAAGGAGCUCAUCAAGAGGGAACAAGCAGUGGAAAAGAAAUACCCUGGGACUUACAAACGCCACCCAGUCAGACCAAUCAUCCACCCCAACACCGUGGAGAAGCUGAUGAAGAGGAAGGGAGUCCCCCACAAAGCAGGCAGCCAGACUAAGCGGCCGGACCUGCUGCGGUCAGAGGGCAUCCCCAGCGCGGAGCCAGCGUCCAACGGCUCUCCGGUCUCGGGCAGCCCCAAGAUGUCGACGCUGAGCGGCAAGAGCCGGUACCGGUGCAAGCCUCGCCACCGCCGCGGCAACAGCAAGGGCAGCUCCAGCGACUUCCCAGGCAUCCUGCGGCCGCAGCCCGCGCAGGACGAAGCGGCUCCGGCUGCUCCUCCUCCCCACCUCUCGCACCACCCGCAGCAGCCGGGCCACGGGCAGGACAUCGCCAGCUGCGCCAACAACCUGCGGUACUUCGGCCCCGCGGCCGCGCUGCGCAGCCCGCUCAGCACCCACGCCCAGCGCCGCAUGGCCGGAUCCAGCCCCGACCUCAUCUCGGCCGCGGUGCAGGCCGACUGCCGCCGGAGCCUGCAGAGCCCGCGGGGCACGGCCGAGCGCUGGCAGUGCUGCCAGGCAGACCCCUACGGCUCCUGCCUGCAGUGCGGGGAGGAGGACCUCGGGCAGGGGCAGCCGGCGGGCACAGCGCCCAGCCGCGGGCAGUCGCCGGCGCCCCCUGCCCCGUACGAGAGCGCAGAGCGCAUGGAGAGGGGCGAGGGGCAGGACUUGUGCGGCUGCGAGCCAGCCGCUGCCAUAGGCACGCCCCAGCACCUGGCUGCUUCAGUGCUACCCUGCAAGGCAAGACCCCUUCAAAAGAGUGGUGAUGACUCUUCAGAAGAGGAGGAGGGUGAAGUGGACAGUGAAGUGGAGUUUCCUCGCAGGCAAAGACCUCACCGCUGCAUCAGCAGCUGCCAGUCCUACUCCACCUUCAGCUCGGAGAACUUCUCCGUGUCGGAUGGAGAGGAGGGGAACACGAGCGACCACUCCAACAGCCCUGACGAGCUGGCCACCAGGCUGGAGGACGAGCUGGCCACCAAGCUGGAGGAUGAGCUGGCUGAGAAGCUGGAGGACAUGCUGUCCCAGACCCCCGAGAUCCCCAUCGAGAUCUCCACGCAGUCCGACGGGCUGUCCGACAAGGAGUGCGCCGUGCGCAGGGUCAAGACUCAGAUGUCUCUGGGCAAGCUCUGUGCAGAGGAGCACAGCUGUGAGCCCCCAGGCCAGUUUGCAGACUCAGACUGUGACUCUUCUGAAGGGGAGUGUUCCGAUGCCACCGUCAGGACCAACAAGCCCUGCAGCUCUGCUACUUGGUAACACAGAUCUCCCUCAAGGCUUCCUGGUACUGGCAUUUCGAUUUCCCUGAGGUUCCACUGCAUUCCCCCUCGUCACCCUUUGCAGGAGGAGCAGCUGCUUCUCCUCCCCACCCCAGGAGUGAUUUGCAAUAACCUGAAUCUCUGGAAAAUGUCCAAAUGGAAUUAAUUCUCUUGGAGCAUUUCAAUCAAGAAUGGCAGGGAUGUAUUUUAUUGAAUAAUCUAGCUACUGUAACAUGGAUAUUUAUUUUUUUGACAUUUUAACACUUUUUACUGUAAAGAGUGGAUUGUAUUUAUAGACACACAGACCUAUUGCAAAAAACCAGACAGAGCUCAGCAAGCACACGGCAGGGGGACGUCCUGGCAGGCACGGGGGGAUGCUCUUGCUGCUGCCACGGGGGACCAGGCCUCAUGGCCCUGAAGGCUGGAGAACAGAUGGAGCAAACUGAAGCACUCAGCCCCACAAGCAAGCAGGCAGGAGAAGAGCCCUCCCCAGGGGGAGCUGUGACCCCAGCGAGCCCAGCAGCGCCCGGCCGGGGCCUUCUGACCCGCGGCUGGGGACGUUCCUGGAGACAGCUGCUGCCGAGGUGCUACCCUCCAGGGGCUCCUGCCCCGAGGCACCCCCAGGAAUGGAACAGUGGGGCUUCUUUUAAGGAGUUUUCGUUCCUUUUUAUUUAUUUUUUUUUAAUCAGCAGUUUGUUGUGAGGUCCUGAGCUGCAGUCUAACCUCGUCCUCUCCAGACUGGUCCCAGAGCACUUCCUAGCACCCUCCUGGCUUCCCUCGGGCAGUGCUGACCUCCAGUCGAGCAGGAAAACCCUGCAGCUGCAGUGUGCCAUUUCCCAGUCCACUUCCUCCUCUUACCUCCUGUCUGCUUCAGCCGCCCUAGGAGAUCGAUCAGACCGGCGCUGGGAAGCCAGGGGCGAGGCGCGGGCAGCGCAGCUGCGGACCCCAGCCCCCUCCUGGCUGUGCCUGGGCUGGGCUUGGAGAAGCAGCCCCUGGGUGACCAGCAGAGCUCCGUCCCGAGGGGGCAGACCGGAGACGAGCCCAGCCCUGCUCUGUCUCCUUCGCUGCCGGUCUGGAAGCACUCCGGCCGGCCGCCCUUCUGUCAGGCUCUGUGCAGAGCAGGCUGCACCGGGGUCUGCUGGCGGCUGCGGCGCAGCCGUGGCUCGGCUGUGCCCCGAGGCCUCGCUUCUCCCCCCAGCUGGAGCCCUGCAGGUGGAGGUGAGGAUGGAGCCGAGGAGAAGCUGUUUUCUGGUAGAACUCAUAGUGCCUUCCCUUCAACACUACUCUUCUGAGUCACUAUUUAAAGAGAACAAAACCAUAGAGCACGAGUCCCCCUCCCCUGCCCCCCUGCAGCAGCUUCCCCUCUGCCCUUCCCGGUGUGCUGUGCCGUGCCAGGGGGGCACAGGGCUGCUCUGCUGGGUGCAGCAGCCUGGGAUGGAGGGCAGCCACAGACCAUGGCCAGGUACUUCUGUUGCUGUUUGUUUACAUUUUGUGUUACAAGGUUGGUUUGGGUUUACCUGUGGUAAUUUAUAGCCUGAUGGCACAAUGAAGGAAAAUGUCUUACUUAUGCAGAGAGCAGUAUUGUACCACUUAAAUUAUCCCAGAUUUUUAACUUCCUGUAGCUGGACUACAACAGAUCCUAAGUUAUGAUGUUAUUUUAUUAUUUAUUAUCAUUUCUGUAGAUCAGAAGGUUGGCUUCCCUGCCAGCACAGCUGGAACCUCUUUGUGUGACCUGCUCCCUGGGGUGGCUGGGAGCAGAGCUGCUGCCUCUGGUGAUUUCCAAGGGUGCUGUCAUACUGGGGCAGAGAAGCAGAGGCUGGCCCAAGGAUGGACAAAGGCAGCCCCCCCAGGCCCUGUGGCACUGCUCCUGGCCCAUGCUGCAAGGUGCUCCUGUUGCUGGCAGUUGGCAGCCCCUGAGCUGGUGGGGAGUGGUGCUGAGGGAGCGAGAGGCUUCUGAACCCAUCACAAAGUGAGGAACCCUCACAGGUCCCCUGGCAGGAGCAUCCAGAAGGACAGGCACUGAGGAGGGCAGCAGGCACCAGAGCAGGAGUGGCCAGCAGUGGAUCUCCAUGGUGGAUCUCCAUGGUGGAUCACCUGUGCAGAACCUAACAGGCUGCUGGAGGGAAGGGCUCACCCCUGCCUGCAGCAGCAAUAAUCGGCUCUGGGUGGAGGCAGCAAACGCAGAGGGGAGCAAAGCUCUGCUCUGGUUUGUUCCUUGUUUCCUCUUCCCAUCUCCCAGUUCUCCUCCCAGAUGCUCUCUGUCUCUUGGCCAGCAACAGGAGGAGGUGGCAGGGCCAUGGCUGCCUGCUGUGGUGUGGAGGAGGAGACACAGGUCAGGGGACUUGGUGGGGGG